AUGCAUGUAAUCAAUGCUGAAAUCAUCUACUAUUUGGAUCGUGCUGGCAAAAAUCUUAAACCAUUUAAAAACAAUUUACCUGGUGAAGUUUUGUAUAAGAAUUUUAUUCAAAGACACAAUAAAGCUCUAAAGAUACGACAUGGUCAAAAUAUAAAACGUUCACUAGCUGCAGUGUCAAGAACAGUAGUUAAUGAAUAUUUUGAUAACUUGGAAAUUUCUCUCUCAGGUAUACCUCCACAAAAUAUCAUUAAUUACGAUGAAACAAAUUUUGUUGAUGAUCCUGGUCGAAUUAAAGUCCUAGUAAGAAAAACCUCGAAACAUGCUGACAAUAUAAUGGAUUCAACAAAGUCAGCAACCUCAGUGAUGUUUUCUGUUGAUGACGCUGGUUCAAUGUUACCAAUUUAUGUUGUAUAUAAAUCCACACAGUUAUGGGAUUCAUGGACUACUGAAGGUCCGGAAAAAUGCAGGUCUAAUCGAACGCCAUCUGGGUGGUUCAACAAAAGUAUUUUUGAAGAUUGGUUCAUAACUGUUGUUAUACCCCAUUUUCGACGGUUGGAAGGUAACAAAGUAGUUAUUGGUAAUAACCUAGCAAGUCAUAUGUCAAUGAAAAUUAUCCAGUUGUGUAAAGAAAAUGAUAUAAAAUUUAUAUUUUUACCACCCAAUAGCACCCAUUUGACACAACCUUUAGACGUGUCUUGCUUUAUGCCAAUUAAAAUAGCAUGGCGAAAAGUUUUAAAAGCUUAUAAAAGAUUUAGGAGAGGUACAAUUCAAAAAGAGAAUUUUCCUAGAUUACUUAAAAAAACGUUGGAAAAUCUUUCAGUUUCACAAAUUACCAAUAUAAAAGCAGGGUUUGAAGCAACAGGAAUAUAUCCCAUUGACAGAGAAAAAGUACUAAAAAGAUUGCCUGUUGAAGAUUUGAUUUCUAUAAACAGUUCUGCAUCCAUAAUAGUUCCUGAAGCUCUACAUAAUAUUAUCAAAGAAACUAGGUUUGGAAAAGUAAGUGAAAAAGUCAAUAAGAGAAAAAAAUAUAAUAUUAAAGCAGGAUGCAGUGUGACAGAAGAAAGCAUAUUAUUUAAUAAUGAACACACUAUAGAAGAUGCCAUAAAUACAAAUACAAAAGAAAAAAAGAAAGAAAAAUAA